CGCGUUCAGGGGCACCGUCCUCGCGCCUAGCUCAGAAUAGGGGCGAAAAAUCCAGCGAAAGCCAGACAGACGGAGAGCUUCCUGACCCGAAACGUUUUGUCCACCAAGUUGUUUCCGAGCUGUUCGGAGGCAGAGGAGGGGCAUUGUUCUUUUAGCGCAACUGCUCGUUUUUCUUUUUAAUUUAUUUUUGCACAGACAGGGCGAGCGAAGUUGUCUUUCAUUUUUAGAGUUUGGACAGGGAGAGCGGCAGCACAAGCACGUCGGCUCACGCAAGGGAGGAGCGGAGAAGAGGGCAGAAGUUUCCGCUGGGCUUGUUUUGUCACCGCGGGGCUGCCGGUGGUCAAUCCGCAGGAAUGUCGCACAAGGAGAGACCCGUUUUCUACCGACAGGAGCUCAACAAAACCGUGUGGGAAGUCCCGCAGCGUUACAAGAGCCUGUCUCCGGUCGGCUCCGGCGCGUACGGAUCCGUGUGCUCGGCGUUCGACGAGAAGACGGGCCUGAAGGUGGCGGUGAAGAAGCUGUCCAGACCUUUCCAGUCCAUCAUCCACGCAAAGAGGACGUACAGAGAGCUGCGGCUGCUCAAACACAUGAAGCACGAGAACGUGAUCGGCCUCUUAGAUGUUUUCACGCCAGCAACAAGCUUAGAGGAGUUCACUGAUGUAUAUCUGGUGACGCACCUCAUGGGAGCAGAUCUAAACAACAUCGUCAAGUGUCAGAAGCUGACAGACGACCACGUCCAGUUUCUCAUUUACCAGAUCCUCAGAGGCUUAAAGUACAUCCACUCUGCAGAUAUAAUCCAUAGAGACUUAAAGCCGAGUAACCUGGCUGUCAACGAAGACUGUGAGCUCAAGAUCCUUGACUUUGGUUUGGCGCGGCACACGGAUGAUGAGAUGACAGGAUACGUCGCCACGCGGUGGUACCGAGCCCCUGAGAUCAUGCUGAACUGGAUGCACUACAACAUGACGGUGGAUAUCUGGUCGGUUGGGUGCAUCAUGGCCGAGCUGCUUACAGGACGGACACUCUUUCCAGGCACAGACCAUAUAAACCAGCUGCAGCAGAUAAUGCGCCUGACGGGGACUCCCCCAGCCUCCCUCAUAAGCAGGAUGCCCAGCCAUGAGGCAAGGAACUACAUUAAUUCACUUCCUCACAUGCCCAAGAGGAACUUUGCUGAUGUGUUCAUUGGUGCCAACCCUCUUGCUGUGGACUUGCUGGAGAAAAUGCUGGUGCUGGACACAGACAAGCGGAUCACGGCGUCGGAGGCCUUGGCGCAUCCGUACUUCUCUCAGUACCACGAUCCAGAGGACGAGCCCGAAGCAGAGCCCUACGACCAGAGCUUUGAAAGCCGCGAUCUGGAAAUUGAAGAGUGGAAGAGCCUAACCUACGACGAGGUACUCAGCUUUGAGCCGCCACCUUUAGAUGAUGAGAUGGAGUCCUGAGUGGGGACGACGCUUUUCUUCCUUUUUUUUUUUUUUAUUUAGUUUUUAUUUCAAAGGAACACUCUUAAACAAUCUCACUUGACUAUCCAUUUAUUUCCUGCUCACAUGCAAAACCUUGACAUUCAAGUGCCUGCCGUCAUUCACACCUUGGGGACGUCGCGAUAGCGGAGACAAAAAUCUCGACAUCCUGUUCACAAUGUCUCCGACGUUGCACCCCGAUCUGCUGAGCCCGUCUUUUUAUCUGAUCCUUUUGGGGGUUUUCUUUGCUUCCAACCUUUUUAGUUUUUAGCUUUCAAAUUAUAUUCAUCAAAACGUACAAGCCAGUAUCUGCAGGACAUUUAUCCGAGGAUUAAUAUUUAAAAGGUUUUACUACGUAGGAGUUAGCACAGCGGGGGACAAAUUUUAAUUAGUUUUUCUCUCCUCCAGAUAUUAGUAUAAAUGUUAUUUCUGUGUAGAUAUUACAGCAAACAGUAUUUGUACAUAAGUAUUUUAGGCAUAAUCACCAUAUUAGAAGACUUGUAGACACUUUAACCAAUCUCAACAGUAUAAAUUUGAUUACCAGAGCUCAUCCUAAAAUGGCCUAAAGUUGAUAACAUAUGUAAUUUAUACCAUGUGUGUACAGAAUGAGGGAAAUGUAUGAUAGUAAUUCACUCUGACAAGGAAAGAAAAUGUAGGCUUUAUAUUUUUCUUGGUUUUGUAGACUUGCUCCUUUUGUAAACAAACUAUUGCUUAUGAGAGUAUUGCAUAGUCAUCAAAUGCGUUUGUUUUUCUCAUCAAUUCACAAUACUUGUUUAUCUCCAAAAUGAAUGUUUUAGCAGUCGGCCAGCUCCUGUGUCACAGCAGCCUUUGGCUUCGUAAUUUAUUCACAUCUGAUGUUUCCCGCCAGAACAUCAGCUGACGGCGUAAUUUAAUCAUAUUGCGUUUUCUAAAGCAUAUUACAUAUAUUGUGUGUUGAAUGUUUUUGGGCACCAGUUUGCUCUGUAUUUAUGAUCUCAUGUUGUUUGUAUAUCAGCGCAAAAUAGAAUGUUAUUUGUCAGAAUUUAGGGUUGUUUUUGUUAUUUAUGGAGAGCCUCUUGUGUCAACAUCGUCAAAUAUCAGAUUUUUUUUUCCUUCCCUCGUCGGCCACGGGGACUACAGUUACGGCUUGUGCAUCUAAGCAGACAGUGAGCGAGAGCCCGGUUGUCUCACAUGUAUUCAUGUUGGGAUUGGCUGAAAACUGUGUUCUCAGCAUCCUGUCCGUGUGAUGGCCCUGUUUACGAAGUCAGGAGUUUGUAGACACCUUCAGAAAUCUAGAGCCUUGAAAAUCUGCUCAUACCUCUUCAACUUCUUGUUAAAUUACAACAAAAUUUUAACGUACUGAAAAUCUUUUGUUUAAUGGACCAACACAAAGUAUUACAUAAUACAAAAAGAGGAUGCAUGGUUUUAAUUUAAUUUCACUUCAUUUACAGCUGCAAACAGUUUGCCUCGACUAGCUUUGUCGACCUGGAGAUGAAGGAUUUUUGGACGAGGAGCAUCAGUUAACAUGUUUUUUCAUUCUUUCUACAGUUUCUUAAUUGCAAUUAGGUCUGGACUUUGACUAGGCCAUUACACAUACUUAACCUUUAAUAACCUUUAAUCAGUGCUCUGUGAUCGGGGUCGUUCUCUUGAAAGAGGAACCUUCACCCCAGUUUCAACGCUCCUGCAUCCUCUCACAUGCAUUUUUCCAUGAUUGUCAGAGAUUUAGCUACAUCUAUCGUAACCAUCAACUGUGACCAGCAGUCCACACUACUUUUAGAGUGUGGUGUUUGUUUUCGGGCCACACGUAAUGUUUUAGGCCAGAUGGUUUUAGUUUGGUGUGAUCUGACCAGACAACCCACUUGUUAACGAUGUCCCCUACAUGAUCUGACUCUCCUUAUGCUUUGUGUUGGUCUGUUGCAUUAAAUCUUGAUAAAAUACAUUGACGGUUGUGGUAAAUAUAUAAAAUAUAAAGUUCCAGCGGUAUGAGUACUUUUGAAAGUCACUGUUUACAGCAUCCUUCAGACCACUAAAGUGAAGUAAUCUCUUUCUGAAGCAGGAAAAACAUUUUCCAGUUGAACCACAUUUCUAAGCCGCGCACAAGCUGUACUAUAGUUGCUCUGGCCGUGUCAUCUAAAAACGAUGUUGCAUAUCUUUUUCAUUUCUUAUCUGUUGGUUCAUCUAGUGUUUCUUUCUUUCUGAUGCGUUACUUUGUGUUGAGUCAAAAUGUAAUGUCAGUCUUUUAUAUAGGGUUGAUUUUUUUUUUCUUUUUUUUUUUCUUUUUUUGUAUUAGUAUUUUCCCUCCCCCUUUUUGGAGGAUCACAAGCACCGAAAAGUUCAUUUAUCAGAAUGUUCAAGCAGGGCACAUGAGUGGAUGUUUACUCACUGGAUCCUGAAGGGUGAUGCUGAAGUCUCGCUGUCAUUUUUUUACACAUUUGCAUCAAUCAGAUUAAGAUAUUUUAUCUUCUCCAGGUCCCAAUGUCAUGUUAACUUGGUUUGCUUGCUUUGCCUGAGAUGUGUUCAUGUAUUUUUCACAGAGUUCUUUAUCCUAUGUACCAAGACAGCAAGACCGUACUAUCUGUAAAUAUAAAACCACGAGAAAAUAAAGGCUACUAUUUUUCAAAGCUGUAAA